AGUGCUGCGCCGGUUCAAGGACGCCGUCUCAAAUACAAAACGAAUCUCACAACGACCGGACUUUUAAUACUAUUCAGUAUUUAUUAUAACUAUUGUCCCCAGUCUAUCUAGAUUGAAUCAAAUUUUGUUGCAAAUUAAUCUUGUUAUCAAAGUUUUGGUGUGGUUGCAUUAUUGUCCGCGCGUGUAGCAUAAAACCGUUGGAGCGCACCCCGAGCGUUCAUUGAGCGAGAGAGCAUCGCCUAUCCAGUGUCUGCACACCGCCUCGACACUACUGAACUCCUGGGACACGGGGUCUGACGCAUGUGGAAAGUGAAAGUGAGGGGAGCUUAAUAGCUGUUGUGAUUGACGAGAAAAAUAUAUAAAACUAUACAGUAUGCGUGUGUGCGUUGUGGGCGCGGGAGCAGCGGGCCUUUGUUCUGCUCGACAUCUGCUGGCCGAGCCGCUGGUGUCCAGGGUGGAUAUCCUGGAACAGUCCUCGGGGCUGGGCGGCACCUGGGUCUACACUGAAAACGUCGGAUACGAUGACUUCGGUCUACCCAUACACACCAGCAUGUAUAAGAGCUUAAGAACAAACCUGCCGAAGGAGGUGAUGGGCUUCCCCGAUUUCCCCAUUAAAGGAAGUGAAAAAUCUUAUAUAUCGGCAAAGGAAAUGCUGAACUUUCUAGAUCGUUACGCCGAGGAACAUAACGUCAAAAAAUGUAUUAAAUUCAAACAUCAUGUGCAAAUGAUAAAACCGAAGCAGACUCCCGCCGGCGAGCUCUGGGACGUCACAUACAAGCACCUGGCCACGGGGCUCUCCACCACCAGGGAGUAUGACUACGUGUUCGUGUGUAACGGACACUACAACACGCCCUUCAUACCUAAUAUACCAGGACUUAAGAACUUUGAAGGUGAAGUAAUGCACAGCCACGACUAUCGCGUCCCCGAUGUAUUCAAAGACAAGAACGUGCUGGUGAUCGGUGCGGGUCCGUCUGGGCUGGACAUCGCGCUAGAGAUAACCAGCGUCUGUAGCAAGGUGAUACUCAGCCACCAUAUCAAGGACCAGCUGAAGUCCACCUUCCCCAGCAACUUGGAACAGAAGCCGGACGUCGUCCGGAUCGAAGGAAACGCUGCUGUGUUCCAAGAUGGUACCACCGAACAAAUUGAUGUAGUUUUCCUCUGUACUGGAUAUUUGUACAACUUCCCAUUCCUCCACGAGUCGUGUGAUAUCGUGGUAGAGGACAACUGCGUGGAGCCACUGUACAAGCACGUGGUCAACAUCAGACACCCUAGCAUGUGCUUCAUCGGCGUCCCCUACUACGUGUGCGCCUUCUCCAUGUUCGACUUGCAGGUCCGGUACUUCGUCCAAUCAAUGAACGGCUCGUUCCAGCUGCCGUCCAGUGAACAGAUGAUGCAGCACUGGGAGAUGGAGAAGAGCGAGCGACUGGCGCGAGGGUACACCAAGAGACAGGCGCACAUGAUGGGUCCAGACCAGCAACGGUACUACAGCUCGUUGGCGACCGAGGCGCGGACUAAGGACCUGCCGUCCGUCAUCACCAAGAUGCGGGACGAGAGCUCGAUCCGCUUCCUCCACAAACUACAGACUUACCGUAUGGACGUGUACAAGAUCAUAGACGACGACACAUACGAAGUCAUCAGCGGCGGGAAGAGGGAGGUUUACUCUUAGGUGUAGUGUAGUAUAGUGUAGAAUAGAAUAGUUCAUAGGUAAUAGGUAAUAUAGUUGUCUUAUCCGAGGAGUUCCGCCGGUAUAAUGUACUCUAUGUCGCGAUACGCCGACCUCUGUGUUGCCCUCUAUAGUAUUUAUUGUCACAUAUUAUUGCGUACGGAUUUAUUUAUGUCAAAUAAAACACUCUGUCAGCCAAAAAUAUUUUUAUUUAAGCGUAUUUAUAACCUUUAUAUUAUAGAUGCUGAUAUAUUAUAACUCUUUAAAUCUAGUAUUACAAUGUAUGGCUUCCCCUCCGUCACGUCCACUGCGCUCGUUUCAGAAAACGUUACACAUGUACAUACAGUUAGUAAGUAUCGUCUCUCGACUCCUACGCUUUGUACCAUACAGUACGUUAAGUGUGAAUAUUCGAUCUUUGUACUUACAUUAUACAACUGUUGAUUUUAAUUUAUUUUAUUUCAUAAGACAACUAACAUUAUAUAAAAAUACGACAUUCUCAUAACACUCUUUUAGUUUCGUCAAAUUCGUUUUUCAUCUCAUUUAUAA